AUGAGGGCUGGGAAUGCAACACUAGUGACCCACUUCAUCAUCCUGGGCUUCCCCAGCCUCCAGAAGCUGCAACUGUUGCUGUUUUUGGCGGGAUUGGUCAUCUACCUGGUGACCUUGUCUGGACAUAUCAUCAUAAUCCUGAUAGUACGUAUCGACCGCCGCCUCCCCACCCCCAUGUACUUUUUCCUCAGCCACUUCUCCUUCCUGGAGAUCUGGUACACCUCCAACAUCAUCCCCAAGAUGUUGGAGGGCUUCCUGGACAAGGACAAAUCCAUCUCCUACACUGGCUGCAUUGCCCAGAUGUACUUCUUCAUCAGCUUGGGUACUGCUGAAUGCUUCAUCUUGGCCAUUAUGGCCUAUGAUCGCUAUGUAGCCAUCUGCAACCCAUUGCGCUACCCGAUCCUCAUGAGUAACAGUGUUUGUUUUCGGUUGGCCAUGAGCUCUUGGGUAGGAGCCUUCCUUGUCAACGUUCCACCCCUGGUCUCGGUCUGCAAGUUGCCCUUCUGUGGGCCCAACCAGAUCAACCACUUCUUUUGUGAUACUUCACCCUUGCUGAAGCUCUCCUGCAUGGAUCCCCGCGAGGUUGAGACCAUCAAUUUCAUUGUGGCCACUGGCAUCAUUGUCAGCUCCUUCCUCCUGAUCAUGGUCUCCUACGUCCUCAUCCUGGCGACAAUCCUGAAGAUUCCUUCGGCCACAGGGCGCCAGAAAGCUUUCUCUACCUGUGGCUCCCAUCUGGCCGUAGUGGCCAUCUUCUUCGGCACCUUGAUGUUCAUGUAUGUGCGGCCAACAUCCAGUGACUCCAACAACUUGGUCAACUUCAACAAGGUGGUGUCCGUGUUCUACACGGUGGUGACGCCCAUGCUGAACCCUGUGAUAUACUGCCUGAGAAACAAGGAGGUCCAGGAAGCUUUGAGGAAAGCCAUGAUGGGAAGGUGUCUACUGCUGCCCAAGGCUAAACACAUUUCCAAUGGCGGCUUGCAAGAGAGCGGAUGGUGA